GCUGCCGGCGGGCGGAGCGGGCGCGGCCAUGGCGCUGAACCUGGCCAAGAACGGGCGGGCGCUGCAGGAGGCCUACGGGAGCGUGGUGGCCGCGGGGAGCCGCACGGACUGGGCUCUGUUCACCUACGAAGGCAACAGCAAUGACCUGCGAGUGGCCGGCUCUGGAGAGGGGGGCCUGGAGGAGAUGGUGGAGGAGCUCAACAGCGGGAAGGUGAUGUACGGCUUCUGCCGCGUCAAGGAUCCCAACUCGGGGCUGCCCAAAUACGUCCUGGUCAACUGGACAGGUGAAGGCGUCAAUGACGUGAGGAAAGGAGCCUGCGCCAACCACGUCAGCACUGUGGCCAACUUCCUGAAGGGGGCUCACGUCACCAUCAAUGCCCGGGCAGAGGAGGACGUGGAGCCCGAGCUCAUCAUGGAGAAGGUGGCCAAGGCCUCGGGGGCCAACUACAGCUUCCACAAGGAGAGCAGCAAGUUCCAGGACUCGGGGCCCCAGGCCCCCGUGGGCUCUGUGUACCAGAAGACAAACGCCAUGUCUGAGAUCAAGAGGGUCAAUAAGGACAAUUUCUGGGCCAAAGCAGAGAAGGACGAGGAGAACCGGCGGCUGGAGGAGCGGCGGCGGGCGGAGGAGGAGCGGUCGCGGCUGGAGCAGGAGCGGCGCCAGCGGGAGCUGCGGGAGGCGGCGGGGCGGGAGCAGCUGUUCAAGGCCAGGGCCAGUGAGAUCGAGGCCCAGAAGAGACUCCAGCAGCAGCAGGAGGCUGAGAGCAGGGACAGGGAGCAGCAGCAGUGGACGGAGCGCGCCGAGGAGGGCGAGGCACGCCGGGGCGUCAGGAGGAGCCAGUCGGUGGAGAAAGCCCAGGAGGCAGCCACGCUGAUCGCCCAGAGAGCCGUCAACCCCCGCGACAUCUUCAAGCAAAGGGAGAGAGCGGGGCCGGGGGACACGGGGCUGCCAGCACAGCCAGGGAAGCUGCGCAGCCCGUUCCUGCAGCAGGAGCUGAACUCGGUGCCCAGCCCUGCCUCCCCCAGCAGGGAGGUCUGGGGGUCCCCCCCGGCCUCCCCAGGGCCUGCAGCAGGACGAGACUCUGGGUACAGUUCUGGAGUGCUAGGCUCCCACGGGGAGGAGAACCUGUACGAGGAGCCCCCGGAGCCCUCGGCCAUCUACGAGGAGCCCCCCCAGGAGCAAGCUGACGAUGCCAAGUAUGACUACAGGGUGGAGUACCAGGAGCCCCCAGACCUGGCGGGGAAGGGGCUCUGUGCCCGGGCACUCUAUGACUACCAGGCUGCUGAUGACACCGAGAUCUCCUUUGACCCUGAGAACAUCAUCACCAACAUCGAGAUGAUCGACGAGGGCUGGUGGCGCGGCUACGGCCCCGACGGCCACUUCGGCAUGUUCCCCGCCAACUACGUGGAGCUGAUCGAGUAGGGGGGCUGCUGGGGGGCUGCUGGGGGCCCCAGACCCCUGGGACUGCUCCAGACCCCGAGCCCACCCAGCUCCUGCCUGGCUCUUCCACCGACUCGUGGCUUUUUCUUCCGUCUCUCUCUCUCUCUCUCUCUCUCAGUGAAGUGCCAUUCCCCAGCCCCGCGGCCGUGGGGCCCCCAGGAGCUGCCCCCCUGCCCCCCCAGCUGCCCUUGGGUGGGGGAAGGAAGGGUCCCCUCCCACCCGGAGCCCUCCUCCCUCAGCUCUGGAGUGGGAAGGAGGAAUUCUUCACGGGAAUUUUCAGGGAACAAAUUACCUCCCCCCUGUGCUCCCUCCCUCUCUCCCCGUGACCUUGGACCUGCCACAGCCACUCUGGAGACGCCACUUUCCCAAGCUUAUUUCAUUCACUGGAAAAGCUCAUCAGAGUGAUUUUGGGAUCCUGCAGGAUCUGGCAUGGCCAGGAGAGGUGACUCCUGGCCCUGUUCCCAGCACCCUGAGCAGACUGAGCUCGCCGCGUGUGAUCCUGUGUGCUCCUCCCUGCUCUCCCCACUGUUCCCUCACCCCAAACAUGCUCUGCGAUUUGAACUGGGAGUGAAAAACCUCUGCAGCUCAGAUCCAGCCUGGCCAGGCACGUGGGACCCCCUCCCCAGCCCAAACUCACUGUGAACAAGGAAAAGCCCAGCCCAGCCCCUCCCUCUGGAGCUUCCUGCCCUGCUGUCACUUUAGGAAUAAAAGGAGAGAAAGGCUUGGGGGGUCCCAGCUCACCCCCCCUCCUGCAGGUGCUGGGGGCCACGGUGGCUUCUCCGAGUCCCUGCCCUGAGCUCCUUCUUCUCCCUGCUCCCCCCGGGCCUCCCCAGCAUCAAUAAAAGGGCUUUUCUUUGGUGA